UCCGUGAAGGAGGUAUCCUCUUUUUGUCUACCUGUUAAGCAGGAAACAAAAACACUGCGCCUAACCGAAGGAAUAGAAGGGCAACGCAGAGCAAGGGGAGGAAAAUUUACAGAAUAUAUCGUAGGAAGGCAAACCGGAGGUUCGGCUAUGGACGUGAUAAAGACCCAACAAAUAUCAUCGAGACCCAUUGAAAAGGUGAUAGUGCACCCCCUGGUGCUACUGAGCAUUGUUGACAACUACAACCGAGUUGCUAAGGACACUCGCAAAAGAGUCGUGGGUGUCCUACUCGGCACUUCCUUCAAGGGCACCGUCGAUGUGACCAACAGCUAUGCAGUGCCCUUUGAAGAAGAUGAGAAGGAUCCAAGCAUAUGGUUUCUUGACCACAACUACCAUGAAUCAAUGUUUUCAAUGUUCAAAAGGAUUAAUGCCAAGGAGCACGUUGUUGGUUGGUAUAGUACAGGCCCAAAACUACGUGAGAAUGAUCUAGACAUUCACAGGCUAUUCCACAACUAUGUCCCAAACCCUGUCUUGGUCAUUAUUGAUGUUCAACCUAAGGAGCUUGGAAUACCCACUAAGGCCUAUUAUGAUGUUGAAGAGGUUAAGGAGAAUGCCACCCAAAAAAGCCAGAAAGUUUUUGUUCAUGUGCUUUCAGAAAUUGCUGCUCAUGAGGUUGAGGAAAUUGGAGUGGAACACUUGCUAAGGGAUGUGAAGGAUACAACUAUUAGCACACUAGCAACUGAGGUUACUGGAAAACUUACAGCAUUAAAGGGUUUAGAUGCACGACUGAGAGAGAUACGUGGUUACCUUGAUCUUGUCAUUGAUGAGAAGCUUCCACUAAACCAUGAGAUACUUUACCAUCUACAGGAUGUAUUCAACUUGCUACCAAACCUCAACGUUACUGAAUUAAUCAAGGCCUUUGCAGUGAAAACCAAUGACAUGAUGUUGGUUAUAUAUUUGUCAUCCCUCAUACGAAGCGUGAUCGCGCUCCAUAACUUGAUCAAUAACAAGAUGUUGAAUAAGGAGCAUGAGAAAGCAGAGGAUGCAAAGCCGGCAUCAGUCCCAGCUACCAGUGGAAGCUAAAUACUAUCUUCUAUUCUUUCAGCUUUGGGUUUGAGUUGCCACAAUAGAGAGAGCAAUUUGUAGCCGAGAAACCUAUUAUAUUUUGCUCAAGAGGCUUCUCCUUGAGAAUUUUGUAUUCUGCAAAUGUGAUCGUAGAUGACGUCUCCAACUUGAGAUUAAUUGCCUCAUUGAUUUGUCAUAUGAUGCUUCUGUAUUAUCUUGUACUUUUGGGAUUAACCAUUUGUCAAAGAUCCCUAAAAUCUUCUUCAUUAA